UCGCCCUGAGCUAGGAGCUCCACGCCCCCGCCCCAGCCCUCGGCGGGGCACCCGGGCGGGCCCAGGAUUCCAAGGCCGCGGGCGAGCACGCCCCGCCCCUCCUCACCAGCCCCGCCCCUCCGCCCCUCCGCCCCCACCCCGCCCAUCCCGAGGUGCAGCCGGCGCUAAGCGCGGCAGGCGCGGGAGCUGGCGCUGGAGCUGGAGCGGCGGCGGCUGCGUUCACCGGGCGGCGGCGGCGGCGGCGGCGGCGCGGGCCCGGACACGGGCUCGAGCUCCGGCAUGGUGCAUCCCGGCCUCGUCCCGGGAGAGCAGGACCCGUGCGCAGAGCCGGUGCUGGGGGAGCAGCGGCGGUGGCGGCGGCUGCAGGCGCAGGCAGGCAGCAGGUGCUAGUAGCCCGGCUGGGCGAGGUGUGUACCCGAAGGGCUCCCGGGCCGCCGCCCCCUCUCCGCCGGGGUCUUUUCCUGUCCUCGUGCUCCCCAGCGCCUCCAGCCCCCUUGCCUCUGCUUCCCUGCUCAUGGCGACCCGCGGCUGAACCGCGCCACCAGGGACCCCUCCCGCGGGCCUCCCGGGGCGUGCAGCUCCCGGAGCCGCCCGCCCACCCUCCGCGGAGCCUCCUUCCCGUCCUCGCCCGAGCCGGGCGGGACCAUGGCCGCGAAGCUACGAGCGCAUCAGGUGGACGUGGACCCAGACUUCGCGCCGCAGAGCCGGCCGCGCUCCUGUACCUGGCCCCUGCCGCAGCCAGAUUUGGCCGGCGACGAGGACGGAGCGCUGGGCACAGGGGUUGCAGAGGGCGCCGAGGACUGCGGGCCAGAGCGCCGGGUUACGGCCCCGGCAAUGGCCCCCGCGCCGCCGUUGGGCGCGGAGGUCGGACCGCUGCGGAAAGCGAAGAGCUCCCGGCGGAACGCAUGGGGGAACCUGUCCUACGCCGACCUCAUCACCAAAGCCAUCGAGAGCGCCCCGGACAAGCGACUCACGCUCUCGCAGAUCUACGACUGGAUGGUCCGCUACGUGCCCUACUUCAAGGAUAAAGGCGACAGCAACAGCUCAGCUGGCUGGAAGAACUCCAUCCGGCACAACCUGUCGCUGCACACUCGCUUCAUCCGCGUGCAGAACGAGGGCACGGGCAAGAGUUCCUGGUGGAUGCUGAACCCCGAGGGCGGAAAGACGGGCAAGACCCCGCGGCGCAGGGCUGUGUCCAUGGACAAUGGGGCCAAGUUCCUGCGCAUCAAGGGCAAGGCGAGCAAGAAGAAGCAGCUGCAGGCCCCGGAGCGAAGCCCCGACGACAGCCCUCCGGGUGCGCCGGCCCCAGGGUCCCUGCCCGCCGCUAAGUGGACCGCCAGCCCAUCCUCGCACGCCAGUGACGACUACGAGGCCUGGGCCGACUUCCGCGGGGGCGGGAGACCCCUGCUGGGGGAGGCGGCCGAAUUGGAGGACGACGAGGCCCUGGAGGCUUUGGCGCCGUCCUCGCCACUCAUGUACCCGAGUCCCGCGAGCGCACUGUCGCCUGCGCUGGGCGCGCGCUGCCCGGGGGAGCUGCCCCGCUUGGCCGAGUUGGGAAGCGCACUAGGCCUGCACGGCGGCGGUGCGGGGCUGCCCGAGGCGCUGCUGGACGGCGCCCAGGACACUUACGGGCCACGGGCCCGCAGCGGGACGCCGGCCUACUUCGGAAGCUGCAAAGGUGGCCCCUACGGGGGAGGAGGGGGUUUUGGGCCGCCGGCGAUGGGCGCGCUGCGCCGCCUGCCCAUGCAGACCAUCCAGGAGAACAAGCAGGCCAGCUUUGCACCGGCCGCCACGCCCUUCCGCCCCGGAGCGCUGCCCGCUCUGCUGCCACCGCCUCCGCCCGCGCCAAGGCCCGGCCCAACCCUGGGAGCGCCUGGGGAGCUGGCGCUGGCUGGUGCGGCAGUACCCUACCCUGGCAAGGGAGCGGCCCCAUACGCGCCACCCGCAACCUCGCGCAGUGCCUUAGCCCACCCCAUCAGCCUUAUGACGCUGCCCGGCGAUGCGGGAGCCGCCAGCCUGGGCCCGCCAGGCCAUGCUGCAGCCUUUGGGGGCCCGCCUGGCGGCCUCCUGCUGGACGGGCUGCCCGGGCCGUAUGCUGCCGCCGCCGGGCCACUGGGUGCCGCGCCGGACCGCUUCCCUGCGGACCUGGACCUUGACAUGUUCAGCGGGAGCCUGGAAUGCGACGUUGAGUCCAUCAUCCUCAACGACUUCAUGGACAGUGAUGAAAUGGACUUCAACUUUGACUCAGCCCUGCCUCCACCGCCACCCGGCCUGGCCGGGGCCCCGCCCCCUAACCAGAGCUGGGUACCGGGCUGAGAGCUGCCACCUGCGACCUGGGCAUCCGGUCCCGUCCCCAAGGGGCCUCUGUCUUCCCAUCCUGAUCCCCGGGUCCCCAACCCCGAUCCAAUCCGCGGGAGGAUCCCGGAGGCAGCCCCGGCCAUGCUAGAGAUGUCCCUCAGAAGCUGGCCACUGUGGGGCAUGGAAAGGCGGGGCUGGGGAUCCCCACCAUUCCUACCCCACUCCUGAGCCUAGCAUCUCCUUCCUGGGCGGGUAAACUGGGAGAGGAGACUGAAAUCUGGGCCUGGUCAGAGUGGGGAAGAGCGAGGGGGCCGCUAGGUGUGGAUGCUGAUUAUGGAACCGCAUAGAAGAGGGGGCAAGGGGUAGGGGGCGUUUCUGAAUCUUCACUUUCUUUUGUGCAGGCCUUGCAGUAACAGGACCUGUACUCAAACUGCGAGCCCCAAUAGACACCUUUUUCCACCAAUCUUGGUCUCACUACCUGAAGCCAGCAACCCUCCAAAAACUCACAUCUAUUGGCCAUCCACCCUGAGCAGUCCAACUCCAGCCCUGUGCCACCCUGCGAAACCCUCAUCCCAACGGUUCAGCCUCCCUCCCAUCUUAGCCGGCUGAGUCCCCUUCCCUGGUCAAGCAGUCCCAUUACAGCCCCAGUGCUGAUCCCAGCCUCUCCAGUGGGCCUCAGCUCCGGAUCCCCCCAAGUUCAACACCCCUUUCUCCGUGCCAGUAAUGGCCCCUCUCUCCCAUAUUUAUAAGUGUCCGGUCGGGGCGGGCGGUGGGCGUGGCGUCCCCCGCGCAUAUUGUAGGCAGUGUACUGUGGCUGUGCCGUCAGCGUGUGCGUGUGCGUGUGUGCCGUGUUGAGGCCGUGUAGAGUGCAUUGUACAGCAUAUUUUCAUGAAUAAAAUUGUUUUAAAUAUU